AUGGAGCCAUAUUAUAUUUGUCGUAUACUAAAAGAAUAUGGUUUAGAUGAUGUUUCAAACAAAGUUUUUGAAAAGUUUAAAACAAACUCGGAAAUUCCAAUCAAAAUAAAUUAUGAUGGCACAGAAUCACAAAUAACAUAUGAAGAAUUAACAAGUGGGCCUCCGGAUAAUAUUUUUAGGUUUAUCAAAUUAUUCUUAUCAUUUAUCAAAUUGUGUAAAUUUAAUAAGAAUAGUAUUAUAGGGUCUGAAAAUUUAAUUUCUAAUCAAGAUAAGUUUUUCGAUAUAAUUCAUUCAUUAAAAAAUGAAAUCAUUGAUCAGUCUAAUUUUGUUGAAAAAAUGAAAUAUAUCUGUUCUAGAACAACUCACCUAAGUUUGAGGGGUUUUAGAUACGGGGUUAACGACCAGUUAAUGUUUUCAAAUACAAAAAUGUCUCAACUUCUACCUCAUUUUUUUGGCGAGUUUAUCCAAUCAAAUUUUAUAUAUGCACAUCAACAUAUUGAAGAUUCUGAAUUUGGAGUAGGAGGAGAACCAGCAAGCGUAUAUGUUAUUAAAAAAGAUAGAACGGGAAACGUCUUGAUAUCUGGAGGUGAUGAUGGAAUGAUUAGACUCUGGAAUACAUAUACCGGGAAUCUUUUGGUUUCUGUAAGAAAACAUGCCGGGGAUAUAAUCGACCUUGACAUAAACUCAUGCAAUGCUCUAUUAGCAUCGUGUUGUGGUAAAGGCCAGCUCCUAUUAACUUUAUUGAAUGGAAAUGAUUGGGUUCCAAUUACAAUUAUUGAAAAUACAGAUAGACUAACUUACGUUAGAUUUGCAUAUUCGAAGCAUAGCGUCAAAUCUAGCAAUGAUGAUAUAUUUCAUGAAUCCGAAAUGUUAAUUUCCGCGGGUGACAAUGCAAUCAUAACUAUUUAUAAAGUAUCUGAUCUUUUUAUGCACGGGGUUUCGCACUAUUUAACUUUAAUGAAACGGAAGGAAUUUACAGAAACCACGCUUAGUCGUUUCAAAUAUUUGUUUAAACGUUAUGGAAAUUUUGCGCAAUCAUCAGAUUCUUUUGAAAGAGAAAAAUCAUUGUUUUACAAAGCUCCUCCUCUUUAUAAGAUUGACAUUUUCCCAUUAUCUCCAAAAGCAUUUGAUAUUUGUUUAAAUCCUCUUUACAAUCAUGGAUUUUCAUCCAAUGAAAGUCUUAAAAGCUACUUCUUUUUUUCUGUGGGAGCAUCGUUACAUUCUUUGAGUUCAACAGAAGAAAUACAAAUAAACAUUUCUGGAAAGAACAUUUCCACUGAAGUCAUUACCAUCCAGAAACAAUGUGAUGGGCAAGGUUAUUCUUUAGUUUUCAUGAUUUCAUUAGAAAAUUUGUACGGUAAAAGUGGAAUUCAUUUGAUUGAUAUGCCACAAAAACACUGUGAGCACCCAGACGUUUCGUUUGCAAAUAAUUCGCAUGAUUUAGUUACUGCAUCUGAUGAUGGUACUAUUAUUAUGUGGACAUUUUCCAACGAGAGCAUUCAUAGUCAAAUUAACCUUACAACAUAUAUUUCCGACCGAAUAAGCAGUAACUCGUAUUCAAAAAAAAAAAGUGCUUCAAGAAAAAAUGUUGCUGAAAAAUCCCCUACCGAAAGUCUUUCAGAUGAUGACUCGGAUUAUGUAGGAAGCGGAUCAAUGGAUGAGAACUCAAUAUUGCGUAGAAAUCCUAUAAGAACUUCAAGAUUUGUUUUGAAGGAUGACUCAUUUAAUAAGGAAAAUAACAGAUCUAACGGAGCCGAUGGUUCUCCGAAUGUUGUGCAAUUUAUUGACAGCAUACAAUGGUCAUGCGACGAUUCAAUCAUUUUUAUUGCUCAGUCUGUAGCAUCUAAAGGUAUGUUGAGAAGAAAUAGAAACUCCACCCUUGUAAAUUGUAUUGAAUGUUGCAUUUCCUACUUUUCAAGAAAUAAUGGGAAAAGAUUUCUAGAUGUAGUUCUCCCAGGCACUUGCUCAAGAAUUGCAUGUCUAAUUCCUCACCCAAUGUCUCCAGAAAUAGUUUUGUCAUUGACAUAUAAUGGAGUUAUUUGCGUUAUAUCUGGCUCAAAAUCUGGCCAAAUAAAUGAUGAUAAAUUGAAAAAUAGUUCAAGUAUUUUAUUUGAGCAUAAAAAUACCAAAAAUCCGUAUUUAAAUGGAAUUUGGAUAAAAAAUGGGUUGGGCUUCGUAGUUUCACAGAAAUAUGGGUCUUUUGAAAUUUAUAAUAUCUGUAAUAAUCGAGACUUAAAUCAACAAGUUUUAAUUCAGUCAUAUAGAUAUUCUUUUCCUGAACAAUUUUUUUUGAAUGAUUUUUCUGAAAUCCUAAGGGAUGAUAUAUUAGGAUGGAUUGAUCCGAACUUAAGAAAGCCAAUUUAUAUGAUGCCCAGAUCAGUUAUAGUUGAUAGGAAUAAAAGAAUGUAUACAGAAGAUGUUCAACCCCCAACUCCUUUAGGCUCUUCAUUAGGAAUUGAAUCAUUGAGAAAUAUUACUGAAAAUGAGCUACUUACAAAUAGGAUCCCAAUAUUUUCAGAACAAAAUAUUUCCAACGUGCAUAAAACUCAAAAUUCAAAUUCUGAGAUAUAUUUAGAAAGAGCUAAAAAAAGAUUAAUUCACAGAAAAAAAGUUUUUGAAUCCAUUAAAAAUUUAUUUAAUAACUAUAGUACUUCAAAUAACUCAACUUUAUUUCAUUCUGGAAAUACAUUAGGUAAUAUUAACGAAGAAUUAACAUGGGUUUCUUCUCAAACUCAAAAUGACGAGACAAGUAGUGUUGAAGAAGCUCAAAGUUAUUUAAGCGAUUCUUCGAACGACGAAGACUUCGAUAUCAAUCAUGUGAGUAAUACCAGUACCAAUAGAAGGCUUAGAAUGGUCGGUAGACGUUCUCCGUCGAUUUCGGAUAUUGGAAGUUCUUCGUCAUCAAGUGAUUCUAGCUUAGACGAAAAUGAUUAUGAUUCUGACUUAACUUCGGAAGAUUCUUUGUAUAAUGAAAUUAGAGGUUCAAAAAACAUUACUAGGCCUCGACGUGGAGUUAAUAACAAAGGAUUGAUUCAUGAUUCAAACUCUGAUAAUGAAAUUGUUCAACAAGAAAUUGAAUUUAGAUAUUAUGCACUUUCAAAUCUUGAUACAAUUUGGGCUCCUGAUUCUGAAGAACAAGAAAUAAAUCAUUUGGUUGUUUGUAAACUAUGUAACAAAUCAAGCACAACAAUUAUUGGGUACAAAUACUUAAUUAAGUCAGGAAUUGAAUUUAACAGUCAAAACAUCAGACCAAUUCUUCACGGAGUGAAUGGAUCUAUUGACUUGGGGCCAUUAAUUGGGCCAUUUGAUUAUCGCUAUAGUACUCAUAGACCAGAAAGAAAUGCCAAAUUUCUUCCAACACAAGAUCUUAAUGGAGGACAGUUUUAUUUACAUUCAAGAUGCUUAAUCACAAUUCCUUUUCUUCAAUGGGAACUCAUAAAUGAUCAAAUUUAUACAAAUUUAUUUGAUAUAAUAAAAAGAAUUUAUAAUCCCUCCGAAGGAACUCCACCACUUCCAAAAAAUGGUUUGUAUUCAACAUUUUUUGAUUCAAAAAUAGUUAAAUUCCCAAAACUCAUUGCAACAUGUAGUUAUUGUCAUGAAUAUGGUGCCUCUAUUCUUUGCCAAGGUGGCAAAUGUAGUCGUCAAUUCCAUUAUCAUUGUUCGUCACUAGUAUAUCAUUCUUUUCCAGAAUCAAUAAAUUCAAGUUUUAUUUCUCCUCGUGAAUCUAACAUGUAUUGGUGCGAUAUUAUGCAAUUUUAUUUAUUUUAUUGCCCCAAAUGCAUUAAUCUCAAGCAAUCAAAUGUUCCAUAUUGCCCAAAAAGAGAAAAUAUGAUUGAUAACACCAGAUUAAACCAUUGUAAUAGAUCAUGGUUGUUAGUUGAUGAAGUUUCAGCAGGGUAUGUUCCUCAAAUAAACGAUUAUCUUUAUUUUUUUCCAAAUGCUUACAUUUGCUCGGGACUUGAUGAUAUUUUUUUUAAAAAUAUACUAUUAGAAGUUGGCACUGAAAAUAAUAAAAAACCCUCAAGAAGAUCAAAUAAGAAAUUUGAAUUUAUAAAAUGCAAAUUGGUUAAUAUUUCAUACGCAUUUCCGAAUAGUGCUGAACAAUCUAUUAAGGCGAUACUGACAUUUUCAACAGAAUUAAUUUCGGGUAGAUAUAUUUACUGGCAGAUAAGAUGCAGUCCAAAUGAUGGUCCUGAUUACUUGGUUUUAGAAGAAGAAGUUGAGAAAGGGAUAUACAAUUUGGAACAUAGACUAAGAAUUGGGCAGGAAAAUUAUAUGUUUAUUGACAACCAAUGGCACGAAAUCGUGAUAAAAAAUAUUAAGCAAAAUGUGAUAUGGGAAUCUAUCGAGGUUUCUUGGAAACAAGAAGAAAGUAGUAAUAACUCUUUAAUGGUUAGUCCAUGGGAAAUACAUGAAAUUGUGCCUGACAAAAAGUCAGUUCCAAAAAAUUUAGAAGCUAGUGACGACUUAAUUAAAAUUUUUUGUUGGAUGCUAUCUCAAAAUGGUCAAAGUAAUCCUUUGUCGAUCGUUGAAUUUUUCAAGUACCCAAUUCCUUUUUUUUCAAACAAAAAUCUAUCAAAAAAUGAAUAUUCAAAUCAGGAAUGGGUAAUGCACUAUUGGAAAGAAAUUCCUCUUCCAUUUAGUUUUAUUUCAAUAAUAAAUCGAAUUAACAAUAAUUAUUACAGGAGGAUGGAAAGUUUGGUAUUUGAUAUAUUUUUAGUGAGGUCAAAUUGUGAGCACUUCAAUAUUAAUAAUAAUAAUUUAGUUCAAGGUAUUCGUUCAGUUGAAUAUGAAUUACUCAGAUUAAUUUUUAGUAAGAGACUACCAAGAUAUAUUAUUCAAACUAGUACGGAUAUUUCAUUCCUGGAAAGUGAACCCGAAAAAAAAAUUUCUGCUGUUAAUUCCAGUACUUUCGACUCAGACGAAGAAAUAAUUAAUAGGUUAGGAAAGAGAACACGUAGAAGAUUAUAA